UAAUGGUAGUGCAAAAAUUAAAUUGUUGUUUUUAAUUUAUUUACACAAACUAUACACUUUUUAUUUACAAGAUGGGAACGCAGAAGCCCGGAGAAUGGGCCAAUUCGUUGAUAGCUCGCUUCGAAGAGCAGCUACCAUACAAAACUGGGGCACAAAACCUGCACUCCCGGAUAAACGAGGAGCAAUGCAAGGCAUGCCUCGUUCAGAUCAGCAGACACAGAUUCUCAUUAGUCAUUGCCGGCCUCACCAAGAUACUGCAAAGAGUUAAUGAAUUGUAUCAACCAACAAUAUCAAUAGGCGCCAAUCGUCCGCAAACAGAAUUGGAGAAAGGCUACCACGACAGUCUAGUCAUAGUGCUGGAUACUCUAGAAAUAUGUCUCAGCUCUCAACCCAAAGAUACAGCCAAGUAUGAUGAAGCUAUGAAUGUGAAGAUACUGCUUAGGGAAGUCUGCCAGUUUAUUGUGUCAAUCUACUACUACACAGACAUGCGCAAUGAGAGCACAGUUAACAAUACUCUUUUGCGGCAGUUGGCUAGCAAAGUACUGUUUGCGCUAAGUCUUAACUUCUUCAACGCAGUGUUUAAUAGGAUCAGCGCGAGAUUACAGGAAUUAUCAUCUAGCUCAGAAGAAAACCCCGAUUAUACAGAUAUAGAAUUAAUACAGCAUAUUAACGUCGAUAUACUGCGGCUUAUACGGCUAUUAACAGAAUCAAUACAAAAGUUUAAGUUGUUAAGGAAAUCGGCGCACAUAGUUUUAGUUACUUCUUUAGAGAAAGCUAUAUGGAAUUGGAUGGAUACAUACCCCCAGGAAUUCGCAGAAGUACAAUGUCGGCCUAACGAUGAACUCAGUAAAUGCUGCGAUACGCUAUUCGAUAUAUUACAAGAUAGUUUCUCAGAUAACAAGAAAUCCAGGGUCGCUAUGUGGCCUCUACAGAUUAUGUUGCUGGUUUUGAACCCUAAAGUUUUAGAAGAGAUAGUGAACGCGGACAGCGGGGCUCCGUGCAGUCCGCGACACACGAAGAAGAAGCAUUUCAUUGAUUCCGUCAAACGUGGACUCAGUCCUCAAAAUAACUCCAAACAGAUGACAGAAGCGGCUGUAGUGACUUGCGUGAAACUUUGCAAAGCGUCCACGUACCUCAACAUAGCCGAUUCCGGGAAUGUCACAUUCAUACUUGUUAAAUCGGUCAUCAAUGAUUUGAAGUCCCUCCUCUUCAACCCCUCAAAGUCCUACAUACGAGGCAACCUAAUCUCCGGGUACUCAGAGCUGGACCUGAUGACGGACUGCUUCGUAUCACUGUUCCGCAUCAUGCCUCACAACAACGACGCCCUCAAAGUGUGCCUCAACCUCAACACGCACAUCUCCUACCACUACGUCAUCGUCAACUCGCUGCUCAGGAUAAUUAAGCAGCCCCGUUUGCCGUGGUGGCCACAAAUAGAACUCUUAUAUCCAAGAGCAGCCGAGCUACGCGCUAUGUUCACUGACACUUCUAAUAAAGCCACACAGGGCUACGUAGUCCACACUCCUCUCCGAAUGAUCUCACUCUCCCUCAAAUCGAAAGAAGUGCAGUCGAAGUUCAACAAGAGUGAAGAAAUGCCAGCUUACAGGAAUCUCCUGUUGUGUAUGGUGAAGCUUAUACAUGCUGACCCUAUGCUUAUGUUGAGUAACCCAGGCCGUUCAAGCAUAGAGAUUCAAUCCUCGACCACGGAGCUCAUGAACGGCCUAGUAUCCCUAGUGCAUCAGACCGGCAUGGGGGAGAUAUCGCAGGCCGCCAUGGAUGCGCUGCUGGCGCUGCACCGCCCUGACAGAGUGCACAUGUGGAACCCGGAGGCGCCGCUCAACACCUUCUGGGACAUCAGUUCCCAAGUCCUAUACAACAUAAGUCAGAAGCUCAUACAACGCCAGAUAUGCAACUACCGCGAGGUCCUGAGAUGGUUGCGUGACAUCCUGACCUGCCGCAACGAGUUUCUAGCCAAGCACAAGGAAUAUGCCAACGUGGGAUCCCAGAUACCGAUAUGUAAACAGGCGCAUAUUAAGCUUGAGGUAGUAUUCUUCAUGUGCCUCUGGAGCAUAGACACGGACGUGGUGCUGGUGGCGAUGUCGUGCUUCGCCCUGCUGUGCCAGGAGGCCGACAUCAGGUGCGGCUCCGACGAGAUCACCACGCAGUGUCUGCUGCCCAACUACGCGGUCUUCCAGGAGAUAGCGCACACCUCCACUGUCUUGACCACUGGUUCAGCGGCUCUACAGAAGCGAAUAAUGGCGCUAUUGAGGAAGAUAGAACACUGCGUCAAUGGAGUACAACCCGUUUGGGAAGAAACAUUCAGAUGCUGGGAUUCCCUAUGCAAGCUACUACAGAAGUACCCCAAAGGUCAGGGCGACAAGAUGGACGAGUGUCAGAUGGAAGCUCUCCACCGCGCCGUCGCUAAGCGUCGCGUGUCACAUCAUACUAGCAGUGAACAUGAUUUUGAGAUGCAAAUACAAGAGUGGGCGAACAUAACGUCGUUCCUAUGCGCUCUGGGCGGCGUCUGUCUGCAGAGAAGACCGUCUACUGCCUGGUCUCAUCUGCACGGACAUGCUGAUUCGAGGAAAUACAACGUCUUAGCGAACAGUUCCCAAGAAGUGCAGUACUGUCCUGUUACUCAAUUCAUAGGGCAGCUUCUCCGGCUGCUGCUGUGCAGUAACGAAAGAUUCGGCCAGCAGAUACAGACUCACGUCAAAGAGCUAGUUGGACACGAGAUGUCGCCCGCACUCUAUCCGAUACUGUUCGAUCAGAUUAAGGCGAUUAUCGAUAAGUUUUUCGAUCAGCAGCAACAGGUAAUGCUAACAGACAUAAACACACAAUUCGUGGAGCACACGAUAUUUAUUAUGAAGAGUAUUCUGGACAUCAAGAAGAGCGGGCAGCCCAAUGAACAUCUUAGUACAACGUCUAUUGAGACUUUAAUGCUGUCUAUUGUGAGAUACGUGCGACAUUUAGACAUGACGGUGCUCUCCGUACAUAUAAAGACGAAGCUCUGUCAAGUUGUUGAAGCUAUGAUGCGGAGGAGAGACGACUUAGCUUUCAGACAGGAGAUGAAAUUCCGCAACAAGAUGGUGGAGUACGUGACGGACUGGGUGCUCGGCACCAGUCACCAGAUCGCGCCGCCGCUACGCGCUGACGCCUCUUCUAUUACCAGAUACCUAGUGUGCUGCCGCGAGUUAGACCAAGCUUGCAUGGAAGCUGUCGCCUCUCUUCUGAAGGGUCUGCCUCUGCAGCCUGAAGAGUCUGACAGAGGUGACCUCAUGGAGGCAAAGAGUCAGCUCUUUCUCAAAUAUUUCACGUUAUUCAUGAACCUGCUGAACGAUUGCAACGAGGUGGAGAUGGCUGAAGGUCCGGGGAGGCUGGAGACUCUCAGAAACGCUACCAUACAGGCCAUGUCUAAUCUGCUCAGCGCUAACAUUGAUUCUGGACUUAUGCAUAGUAUUGAUCUAGGCUACCACAGAGACCUACAGACCCGAGCGGCCUUCAUGGAGGUGCUGACCAAGAUACUGCAGCAGGGCACGGAGUUCGACACCCUGGCGGAGACGGUGCUGGCUGACCGGUUCGAACAGCUGGUGCAGCUCGUCACCAUGAUCUCUGAUAAGGGAGAAUUGCCCAUAGCGAUGGCCCUAGCCAACGUAGUGAGCACAUCACAGAUGGACGAGCUCGCCCGAGUGUUCGUCACACUGUUCGACGCCAAGCAUCUGCUAGCGCCGCUGCUGUGGAACAUAUUCUAUAGGGAAGUAGAGGUAUCAGACUGCAUGCAGACGCUCUUCCGUGGCAACUCUCUUGGCAGCAAGAUCAUGGCGUUCUGCUUCAAGAUAUACGGCUACGGCUACCUUCAGAACUUGCUGGAGCCGCUCAUCACGGCGCUGCUGGACCAGGCUGAUGAGCGAGGAGAUAUCAGCUUUGAAGUGGAUCCGGCGAGAUUGGACCCUAACCAGGACAUAGAGAUGAACAGGUCCAACCUCAUAGACCUGACGAAGGAGGUGUUCGACAGGAUUGUCGGCUCCGCAGACAAGUUUCCGCCGCAACUGCGAAGCAUGUGCCAUUGUCUGUAUCAGGUACUGAGCAAGAGAUUCGCGCAGUUCCCGCAGACGAGUGUCGGUGCAGUUGGCACUGUACUGUUUUUAAGAUUUAUCAACCCAGCUAUUGUGUCUCCCCAAGAGAUGGGCAUAGUGAACCGUCCCGUGCCGGCGCACGUGAAGCGAGGCCUGAUGCUCAUGUCCAAGAUCCUGCAGAACAUCGCCAACCACGUGGAGUUCUCCAAGGAACAGCAUAUGCUGCCCUUCAACCACUUCUUGAGGGCACACUUUGAAGCUGGACGCAAGUUCUUCAUCCAAAUAGCAUCAGACUGUGAAUCCAUAGACCAAACCUCCCACAACUUAUCGUUCAUAAGCGACGCUAACGUGGUAGCCUUGCACCGACUGCUGUGGAACCACCAGGAGAGGAUAGGAGACUACCUGUCCUGCAGCAGGGACCACAAGGCCGUGGGGAGACGACCUUUUGAUAAGAUGGCAACACUGCUCGCCUACCUAGGACCCCCAGAACAUAAGCCGAUUGAGUCCACUUCAAGUCUGCUAUUCUCCUCGUACGCUCGCUGGUCCUCCAUAGACAUCUCCUCUACGAACUUCGAGGAGUUCAUAGUGAAACAUAAUAUGCAUAAGAAAGAGGAGUUCAAGAGUAUCAAGAGUUUGAAUAUAUUCUAUCAAGCUGGUACUAGUAAAUUGGGCAAUCCGGUGUUUUACUUCAUUUCUAGGAGAUAUAAGAUAGGCGAAGUGAACGCAGACCUGCUAAUAUACCACGUGAUCCUAACCCUGAAGCCGUUCUGCCAGCAACCCUUCGAGCUGAUCGUGGACUUCACGCACACCAACUCUGACAACAGGUUCAGAACGGAUUUCCUGCAGAAAUGGUUCACAGUGUUACCCGAAGUGGCCUACAUAAACAUUCACGCUUGCUAUAUAUAUAACUGUAAUAGUUGGGUGCGCGAGUAUACUAAGUUCCAUGAAGCUAUAUUGGCUCCGUUGAGAGGUAACCGCAAACUGAUAUUCAUAGACAACCACAGCCGUCUCAGUGAAUACGUAGAGGUGGAACAACAGAAGUUACCAGGUGCUACUCUAGCGUUGGAAGAAGACCUUAAAGUUUUUAAUAACGCGCUUAAGUUGUCGCAUAAGGAUACCAAAGUUGCUAUUAAGGUUGGACCGACUGCUCUUCAAAUAACGUCAGUAGAAAAGACCAAAGUGCUUGGUCUACCCGUGCUACUAAAUGAUGUGUAUUAUGCUUCUGAAAUUGACGAGGUGUGCCUAGUAGACGACAACCAAUUCUCCCUGUCUAUAAUCAACGAGUCUACGCCACUGAGCUUUAUACACAACGACUGUGACAACAUAGUGCAGUCCAUCAUACAUAUCCGCAAUAGAUGGGAGCUUAGCCAGCCGGACUCAGUAACAGUCCACCAAAAGAUACGUCCGAAAGACGUUCCAGGAACGCUACUGAACAUGGCGCUCCUAAACUUGGGGUCCUGUGACCCUAACCUGAGGACGGCUGCGUACAACCAGCUGUGCGCCCUCACCGCCACCUUCCAUCUGAAGAUCGAGGGGCAGCUGCUGGAGACAUCAGGUCUCUGCAUACCCUCAAACAACACGAUUUUCAUCAAGUCCGUGAGCGAGAAGCUCGCUCAUAACGAACCUCAUUUGACUCUGGAGUUUCUUGAAGAGUGUAUUCAGGGUUUCCGUGGCUCUACGAUUGAGCUAAAACAUUUGUGCCUCGAGUACAUGACACCGUGGCUAGCCAACUUGGUUCGCUUCUGCAAGCCCUCCGAAGAAUCCCGUCGCCAGAAGCAGGUAGCCCAAAUCUUGGAGAAGCUGAUAACCCUCACGAUUGAGGAGACGGAGAUGUACCCAUCAGUGCAGGCCAAGAUAUGGGGCUCCAUAGGGCACGUGCCCGAACUCAUUGAUAUGGUGCUCGACAGCUUUAUACAGAGGAGUGUUAAUUCCGGUCUGGGUUCUCCAAUGAUAGAGAUCAUGGCUGACACCGCAGUGGCUUUGGCUUCGGCCAACGUGCAACUGGUUUCCAAGAAGGUCAUCGGACGAAUGUGCAGGGCCCUAUCCAAACUGCCCAAUAAUAUCCUGGGGCCCGUCACCCCGGCCACUGUGGUAGACAAAACUUGUCACUCGCCGACCGCCAUGUUGGAACAGCAUAUGAUGUGGGAUGACAUCGCUAUCCUUGCUAGAUAUUUGCUAAUGUUAUCGUUCAACAACUGCCUGGACGUGGCGCGGCACUUGCCGUACCUGUUCCAUACCGUGACGUUCCUCGUGUGCUCGGGCACCGUGUCCAUGCGGGCCGCCACCCACGGCCUGGUCAUUAACAUCAUACAUUCCCUUUGUACUUGCACUACGCCGAGUUUUUCUGAGGACACCCAGCGCGUACUCCGUCUAUCUCUGGAUGAGUUCGCGUUGCCCAAGUUCUACCAGAUGUUCGGCAUUUCGAAGGUCAAGUCGGCAGCUGUGACCGCCUUCAGGAGCCCUUACAACAGACAUACUAAUGACUGGUAUUCGGAACACUCAUACACAACAUGUACCGAGGCUGGCACAGUCGCGUGCACCGGCACUACUCAUACGGACCGCGAGCGUCUACCUCUGCAAUCCUUGGAGAUCAUCACGGAUGCUCUGCUGGAGAUCAUGGAAGCUUGCAUGCGGGAUAUACCGGACUGUGAUUGGUUGCAUACUUGGACAUCUCUAGCGAAAAGCUUUGCGUUCUGCUUCAAUCCGGCGCUGCAGCCGCGAGCACUCAUCGUGUUUGGAUGUAUCAGUAAGAACGUGACAGACGAUGACAUGAAACAACUUCUCCGUAUCCUGGUGAAGGCUCUUGAAUCCUUCAACGAUCUCGCACUGCUCGAAGCUCUCAUCAUGGCGCUCACUAGACUACAACCAUUAUUGUAUCCGGCAUCACCAAUCCACAAGGCUCUAUUCUGGGUAGCACUAUCCGUGUUACAACUAGAUGAGCCGACGUUGUACGCCGCUGGUUUGGCCUUCAUGGAGCAAAACCUUCAUACUUUGGAGUCACAGGGCCACUUCCAGCAGAAGACCUUGGAGCAAGUCAUGAUGGAGACCAGGGAGCCGUUGGAGUGGCAUUUCAAGCAGAUGGAUCAUGCUGUCGGUUUGAGUUUCCGUUCGAACUUCCACUUCGCGCUGGUGGGUCACCUGGUGAAGGGUUACCGUCACCCCAUGGCCGCCACUGUCUCCCGCACCUGUCGCGUGCUCGUCAAACUGCUGUCUCUGGCCGCACUGGGUGACAAGUUCCACGUUACUGCUGAUACUGUCGCUUAUCUUACUGCACUAGUGUGCGUGAGUGAAGAAGUUCGUUCUCGUUGUCACGUGAAGCAUUCUCUGCCGAAAUGGUUGCCCGACAACUGUGAUCAUUACUGUCCCACUGCUGAACAUCAUCAGUCAUCGAUCCUGAUACAGCCGUCGACAUCACACAGCUCCUGUCACAGUCGUCGACAGAAGUCGUGGGAUGUACUCGACCAGGCCGCCAUAUCGUCUGCCCAUGGUGGUAAAUCGCCAACUUUACAAUCAGGCAGCGGUGGUCACAGCCCGCACUUGGCCACAAUACCACAUCAGGACAGUGAAGGCCGGGCUCACAGUAUGCAGCACGGACCGACUGGCGAGUCGGCGCGGGAGCAGGGCGAUGCCGAUAGUGGGUUUGAUAUGGUGGAAGACGACGGCCGAGGGUCACCAGGUAGCACAGACGACACAGAACGACCUUCCUCCACCAAGUCGGGUGACAGUGAUUACCCUGAGACUUCUACUAAGCAAGCAUCAACGGACAAAGACACGAGUAGUCCUGAAAGCAACAGUCUACUCGACCCGUCAGUACUGUCGGACUUCACCACACAAGCGCUCGUGCUCACCGUGCUCGCUACGCUCGUCAAGUAUACCACAGAUGAGGACGAGAUAAGAAUUCUGUACCAAUACUUGGCCGAGGGAUCUGUUGUGUUCCCCAAAGUAUUCCCAGUCAUUCACAGUCUACUGGACAUGAAGAUAAACCACGUUUUAAUGCAUUGUCAUGAUCAGUUGAUCCUAAGCGCCGUGCAAAGCAUCAUACAGAACAUGAUAGCGAGCGAAGACGCGAGUCAACAACAGUUGCAUUAUAUGCAGAGCUGUGGCUUCGGAGGCCUGUGGAGAUUCGCAGGACCUUUUACUAAGAACCAAUGCACGGCUGAAAGCAGCGAGCUAUUCGUGAACUGUCUCGAAGCCAUGGUAGAGACCUGUCUGCCGGGCGGUGAUGAAGCCCUAACUCGGGCUCCGCCCCCCGACCCGGAUCAUCCGGACCCUUGCGAUGGACACCGGUACCCCGGAGUACACCGACAGGCGACACUAUACUGUCCCACGCAGGACACAUAGCCAGAGGAAGAAUAGUAAAUAUGGACCGCACUCCUAUUUACUGAAAACUGAAGGAAAUGACGUAGAAGAAAUAAAAAACCCCAUAGACAAGGGAACUCGUGUACAAACCACAGACAACCCCUCUUCCAUUCCAGAGGUUUUUAUUGCGUAUCUUCCGUAUUUUUAAUUGUGUAUAGACAAGUAAAAAUGAUGCAUUGAUUAUUAUAAUCUAUCAAUUUAUUGUAAUAUUACAAGAGGAAAAAAAUGUAUUUAUGUUUGUUGGUUUGUAAUGGAUAAACUCAAAAACUACUGGACCGAUUUAAAAAAUAUUUCUGUGUUAGAUAACCCACUAAUCGAUGAAGACUAUGAGCUACUUAUCCGAUUGCGCGAAGUAGUUUAGAAUACAACACUUAAAUCUGUGAAGUUGUCUGUUAAUAUUAAUAAUUGACUAUUGUAAUCGCCCAUAAAGUUUGGCAAAAUUGCCCAGCUGUGGGCAUAAAAUAAAUAUGUAUCAUGUGUAACCCCGACUUUACACUUGUAAGUUGCAUGCGUGAAAAUAGACUAACUUCCGAAAGUUGUAAGAAGUUCAAAGAAAUUAUCAUAAGCGACUUACGAAGGGGUUUUACUUUUCCUUUAUCGUAAGUUUAUUACGUGAGCUAAAGUUACAAGCGUAAAGCCGGCCUAAUUAAAAAAAUCGUCUCUAUCAAAAUAAAUUUAAAAUCUUACGCGUACUAAAUAAUUAAGAUUAAAAAAUCCUAGUUUUAGAUUUUAAAUCUAGAACUAUAUUCGUUUUAAUCGUGUCGUGUAUUUUAGAAUAGAUCUACUUUCAUACACAAACUGAUGAUUUGCAUCCGUGCAAUAUUCAUGGACGUAAUUAUGCUAAUGAUUCUUAACACCAAUGAACAAAAAAAUUGGUACGUAAUUUUUUUGUUGAUUGGUUUUGGGUUGUUCUGUUGGUUGGUCAGUGUAUUUACACUCGGCGCGUGUCUAACUGUAACUGGCCUUAAAACUGCACUGCGGUCUCACACAAACUCAAACACAAAGCAUACGAUCACUCAUAAAUUUAAUUCAUAAAAAUAGGGUUACUUCUGAAAUACUAUGACAUGACAAUGACAAAAAAAGCAGCGCGUACCUUUUCUAUGUCAAUCUCCUGAAAUAUUGCACAGAUGAAAAUCAACACCUUGAAUAGGUAUUUUAUCACACGAAAGCGGGUCAGUCAUAAAUGUACACACACAAGUAUAGCUUACCCGCUUUCGUGUGAUAAACUAUAAUUUUCGAGAAAAAAUGCUGUGGAUCAAUUUUGUACCAUAUCGGGUGUGUCGUUCAUAAUCACAUUAAAUGAAAUGCGUUUAUAUACUGGUUAAUAUAUGUCGAUAAACAGAAAUAAAAAAGAAAUAUACGUAAAAAUAAAAAAAAAAAGAAUUUUUC